AUGUCAUCCCCUAAAGGAAGUCAGACCCAGAAGAUGAAGCCACCCAUUUGUAUACGAAAAGGACCACUGGAGGUGCCCUCCCCCUCAGAGCAGGACUGGUCUAAGGAUGAUGAAGAGGAUUUUGCCUUCAAGGAUCUGGGUCAUGGGCUUGAUUCGCUGCCUCAGCCUUAUAGAAUGAUCAACAAGCUAGUGAACCUUCUGUUUGAUCGGUCAUGGGAAAUUAUUGAGACGAAGGAGGCAACAAGGGAAAUCAAUCUUACUCAGAUCCAUCCCAUCAUCUACUCUCCACUUGUAGAAAUCAAGCUCGGCACAGUGCCAAAUUGCAUGGCUAUGUCCCAAGACUAUAUUUUUAUUGGAGGAGCCAGAGGAUUCUCAGUCUAUAACCUGUACAGUGCUAAACAGAUAUGUGCUUGGGAGAAACUGAAAGUUGAUAUCACUUCCAUCUGGGUCACAGACAUGGGGAGUGAAAUCCUUAUUAUUACUGUGGAUGAAAUAGGUAUCAUUAGACUGUUUUAUUUUUGUAAGGAAGUUCUUUACCUAAUCAAGGCCAUCAAUGAAGCGGAUGAUGCCAGCAAGCAAACCAUCUGCCUAAAGAUGGAGACCUCUCAUGGAGGGGACUGUGCAGCCUUCCUUCUACAAGGAGCUGGAGAUAUUUGGCUGGAUGUGUAUAAAUUGCCCAAGGAGUCUUGGCUCAAGGAAGUGGAGUACCCUCUCAACAACGUAAAUUUCAAGAAAAAAGGCAAACAGCUGCAAAUGAACAAUACCGAUCCCAUAGCUGCAGAAACUUUAGAAAUGGAUGGGAACAUUGUUCCAAAAGGAGAUGCUAAGUUGAGCCCUCCAGUUUCUAUAAUGAAGAUUAAACCACCAAAGCCAAUCACAGGCACCACAUUUAAAAGCCCCCUGGAAGUGUUUGCCAAGAUGGAGGACUGCUACGGGCUUGGCUCCGGGCAGAACCACUUCAUCAAGGACAGUCAGUGGGAGCAGCAGGCUGCCAUCUUCAACGCUUCGUACAAGAAGUACCUGGAUGGAGAAUUGGAAGAGGAGCCGCUCAGUGUGGCCACGUUCCAUUUUCUUCUCCCUAGCUGCUUGUUUGCAUUCCCAGCGGAAGUCAAGAGCCCUUCAGGAGCAGCCUGUAUCCUUGGCAUACACUGGACCGGCAGUCAUAAUUUUUCCCUUUAUUCUCUUAACCGAACUCUGAAGGAUAAAGUUGACCCUGAAGCCGUGUGGCCAUGUGCAGCGCCCAUUGUAACCUCUGCUGUCAGCAAUUCUGGCUCCUACCUGGCGCUGGCCUGCGAGGAUGGUGUGCUCACACUGUGGGACCUGGCUGUAGGAUUCUCAUUUGGGGUCCUUGCUCUUCCUGAGGGAUGUCUCUGCCAAAGCAUUCACUUCCUAAACUACUUCAUGGUCUGCAACAGACAGAACAUGUAUCCGGAAGUUCCAGUGAAAUCCAAAAUGAAAUGUGUGGUGCUAUGUACAGAUGCCUCCCUCCAUCUGGUGACAGCCGAGGGGACCCAAGGACCCAACAUCAGUGAGCUCAUUGAGAGACCCACAAAGCACCUGAAUAAAACCAUCUGCGCAGUGGCCCCGGUCCCGGCCUUACCCGGCAUGGUGCUGAUCUUUUCCUGGGACGGCUCUGUGCGCCUCAUGGAUGUGGCCAAGCCUGAAAUCCUCUGUGCCUUUGCUCCACCCAGAUCCUACCACUUAGCGGUCCCCUGGAAGCCAGUAUUUGUCGUGUCUUUACACCAUCCGUGUUUCCUGCUUCGAGGAGACCAUCCAGAUGAAAUUGAAUGUACCAGUAAUGCCAACGAGAUCAGAAAUGUUGUUUUCUAUUUCAACUUGGAGGCCUACCCACUCCUGGAAAAGAUCUCAGGGACAGGCACCAUUUCUCAGAGUGAUGUGACUAGUAACAAGGCGCUGCCUUUGGAGAGGAGAUGCCAGCUCUUCCUCCAGGAGAGGUUCCAGAAGCUGGAGAAAGACAGGACGAAAGAACAGGAGCACUGGACCCGGCUUCGGAGGUACUUGUUGGUACUGCAGAAAGACAGCUUUACCAAGUGA